AUGCUGGCUGCUACUCGCGAUGCUAGACGAAUCAUAAUCCGACAUAAUAAAGUCUACCUACCGCAUUAUAAUAGAGGACAGAGCCGCAGGAUAGCGACCUCCUUUUCCGAGACGACAACUGAGGGUAUUGCCAGGAAACUCGCGGAGAGACAACCAUGUUUUGCAUUAUCUCCAGCCGACGUUCGGGUCUUGCUGGCACCGAAGCAGUUCUAUGACAACUUGCUAGGCAUGAUUCGGCGGGCACGCAAACGAGUUUUCCUGUCUUCACUAUACAUUGGGUCGGAGGAAGGGGAAUUAAUUGAUACUCUUAGCACUGCUCUUAGGAGCAACCCUUCUCUACAAGUUGAGAUACUGCUGGACUUGAACAGGUCCACACGACCCGAAAGCCCUUCCACCGCGGAAGCUCUCUCGCCCUUGCUCGCAGAGUUCCCGGACCGGGUACACAUAUCUCUCUUCCGGAGCCCCAGACUGAAGGGAAUGAUGUCCAAGAUUGUUCCUCCCCGAUUCAACGAAGGAUGGGGCACCUGGCACGCCAAGAUAUACGGCGUCGACGACGAAGUCAUGAUUAGCGGCGCCAACCUGAACAAGUCCUACUUCACGAACCGUCAAGACCGAUACGUUCACUUCGGGUCACACCCCGAAUUCGCUCACUAUUGCCACUCCUACUUGCGCGCCGCGUCGACAUUCUCAUACCAACUACAGUUCUCAAGCACCUCAAAGUAUUCUCUGCAAUGGCCGGAUCCUGACGUGCACCCACACCACAUCGAACCCAAGGCUGCGCGCGCUUUCCGGGAGUUCCAGUCUUCAUACACGCAGUCUCGAACACAAACAGCCCUUGCCGACGCUCGCAGCGAGGACCGUGUCCUCAUAUUCCCCGUCCUUCAAGCAGGGCAAUUCAACAUUCGAGAAGAAGAAGUGUGUGUGGGAUUCCUAUUCGACGAGGUGCAUAAAGAAGCCGAGCGCCGCGGCCCGCGACAGCCCGGCCCUCUAAUAGACCUCACCAGCGGUUAUUUCGGGCUGUAUGGACCCUAUAAGGAUCUCAUCUUACGAUCUGAUUUCGGUUGUCGCAUACUGGCAGCGAGCCCAAAGGCAAACGGAUUUUAUGGCUCGAAGGGUGUAUCUGGGCGGAUACCAGAGGGAUACACCUACUUGGAGCAACGAUUUAUGCGGGCGGUUCACGCUGCAGGACGCGAUGCUCCUGUUGCUACUGCGGUCCCUGGGAGCGUCGAAGACGCUGCGAAGGGCGUGCAGCUCAGCGAAUGGGAACGGGACGGCUGGACAUAUCAUGCUAAAGGAUUAUGGCUGUCUCCGACGCCUGAUUCACCGCCGGUCCUCACCCUGCUCGGGUCGACCAAUUUGAAUUCCCGCUCAGCGAACUUGGACACCGAGCUGUCGUUCAUACUGUUGUCGUCCUCCCACGCGUUGCGACGACAGCUUCAUGACGAGGUGGAGGGGCUCAGGAGGUACGCAAGACCAUGGCAGGGUGAGCAUAGGAAAGUCCGGAUCGGCACGAAGAUGCUGGUGAACUUUGUCGGUGGGAUGCUGUAAUGUACUGUAUGCUCCCUUAUUCUCCCGUAGUCACUUAACUCAGAUUAGGUACUCUGGAGAUGUCAUACCUUAUGAACCUCCAAAUUUACGGCUCUCACC